GCUCCUCAGCUCGGUGCGCCAUGCUGCUCCAGGGGCCCCGAGGGUCGGCGCUGCUGCUGCUGCGGAGGGGACUGAUGCUCCUGGGAGUUCUUCUACUGCCAGCAUCUGGCCAUUGGAGACUCGAGCCCAUGCUGAGGAAAGACUGCUGAAGAAACUCUUCUCUGGCUACAACAAGUGGUCCCGGCCUGUGGCCAACAUCUCUGAUGUGGUCAUUGUCCGGUUUGGACUGUCCAUUGCUCAGCUCAUUGAUGUGGAUGAAAAGAAUCAAAUGAUGACCACUAAUGUGUGGGUGAAGCAGGAAUGGCAGGACUACAAGCUUCGCUGGGACCCGAUGGACUAUGAAAAUGUAACCUCAAUCCGCAUCCCCUCAGAGCUCAUUUGGAGGCCUGACAUCGUUCUCUACAACAAUGCAGAUGGUGAUUUUGCUGUGACCCACCUGACCAAAGCCCACCUUUUCUAUGAUGGGAGGAUCAAAUGGACACCCCCUGCAAUCUAUAAGAGCUCCUGCAGCAUUGAUGUCACCUUCUUCCCCUUUGACCAGCAAAACUGCACCAUGAAGUUUGGUUCCUGGACCUAUGACAAAGCAAAGAUUGACUUGGUGAGCAUGCACAGCCAUGUGGACCAGCUGGACUAUUGGGAGAGUGGCGAGUGGGUCAUCAUCAAUGCUGUUGGAAACUAUAACAUUAAGAAGUAUGAGUGCUGUACUGAAAUUUACCCAGACAUCACCUACUCCUUCAUCAUCCGCAGGCUCCCCCUGUUUUACACCAUCAACCUCAUCAUCCCCUGCCUUCUUAUUUCCUGCUUGACUGUCUUGGUUUUCUACCUGCCAUCAGACUGUGGGGAGAAGAUCACAUUGUGCAUUUCUGUGCUAUUAUCCUUGACUGUGUUCCUACUUCUCAUCACUGAGAUCAUCCCAUCCACAUCCCUGGUCAUUCCCCUGAUUGGGGAGUACCUGCUCUUCACAAUGAUCUUUGUGACGUUGUCCAUCAUCAUCACUGUCUUUGUGCUCAAUGUGCACCAUCGCUCACCUCGCACACACACCAUGCCUGCGUGGGUCAGAAGGGUGUUCCUGGAUAUCAUCCCUCGCUUGCUCUUCAUGAAACGUCCUGGUGUGGUGAAGGACAACUGCAGGAAGCUGGUUGAGUCCAUGCACAAACUCGCUGGAGGUCCAAGGUUCUGGCCACAGCCAGAGCCUAAUUUUGUCACCUCAUCUCCCGCCAGCCCCCAGAGCCCAGACCGAUCACCCUCAGCUUCAUUCUGCAUCCACCUGGAAGACCCAGUCAAACCGCAGCCUGUCUGCAAGUCUCCCUCAGGUCAGUAUACUGUGCUGCAGCAUCCUGAACCUGGGAAGCCCAGUCCCUGCUCUUCACCCACUCCCCAACCACCUCCAAAUAAUACACAUCCCUCUGGCUUCUCCAAAGUCAGAUCUCUAAGCGUGCAACAAAUGUACAGCUCCAGCAAAGUGGAGGAAGGAGGCAUCCGCUGCAGGUCAAGGAGCAUCCAGUACUGCUCUCUCCAAGAGGACUCUUCCCAGGCAAACAAUGGACAGUCUGCCAGCUCCCCAGCCUCUUUGAGGAGCCCCAAAGAUGAAGUCCAAUCCCAGGAGAAGCCCUCCCCAUGCAAGUGUCAAUGCAAGAAGGUCAAGGUUGCACCUGGCUCAGAUCCAGUGACCAAACCACGCAGCACCAAAGAACAGCAUGCCCUGCCCAUGUCACCAGCCUUGAAACUUGCAGUAGAGGGAGUCCAGUACAUUGCAGACCAUUUGAAGGCAGAAGACACGGAUUUUUCGGUGAAAGAAGACUGGAAGUAUGUUGCCAUGGUCAUAGACAGGAUCUUUCUGUGGAUGUUUGUCAUUGUCUGCUUGCUGGGGACUGUGGGACUCUUCCUCCCACCUUGGCUGGCUGGAAUGAUCUAAUAGAAUGAGAAAACAUUUAAAAUACACGUGGAUUUUCAUCUACCUGGAGGGAGAGAGUGAGAUGGAAACUAUCUCUAUGAAUAAUUCAUUACAUAUCUGCGCAUGACUCAUUGCUGAGAGCUCUGGGAAUCUUCAGAGAUCACAUCAUCUCCCAAGUUAUCCCCAUUUUCUGUAUCCAUUUUGAAGCAGUUUUGGAAAUAGUCAGUCAUUAGCCUACUUAUCUGGAGGAGAAAAUCUUGGUUUAUACUGGUUCCAUUUAUACCCCCAACCAGUCUUACCUCCUUGGCUAGUGAAAUAGCAUGUGGGAGGGUGGAUGCUUUUAUCUUUAUUCGCAAGACUAUUUUAAAAGGACAAAAUCUUAUUAAAGAUCAUCUUCAGCAUGAUGGUCAUCAUCGAUAUCCCAGUAUAUAGUAGAUGUUAUUGCAAUCUGUGGGCAAAGACAUGACCCUUAAGUAGAACAGAAAUAUUAUGGCGUUCAACCCCUGAUACUGAAGCUCUGUGUACAUUGAAGGCCCCAUUGGGGAAUGGUGACAGGAUGAUUUGGUUGGAUGUCUUUAUCUAAGUCAUUCUGUCAGUAAAUAAACUCUCUACUUGUCUUUUGGGAUGUGGUACGGUGCCAACCGUGAACUGAAGGAGAGGAGAAAAGUAUCAGUGUGAGUGGGGACUAUUCACUGGCACAGACUAAACUAGAGUGUUUAUCUUCUGAUAGGAUGCAACUGAAGUGAGUCAGGUGUCCAGGGCCCAAUAAAUCCUUGAUUCCACCUCUAAGCUUAUAAGGGACUCCAUGGACCUACCUGUCUGAUGAGGAGGAGACUGUUGUAUAAACCACAACUCUACCUGAAAAAAAAAAGUCAGAGGUUCCACCUACGUUUAGCUUAAACCUGGUCCUUGUUGGCUCUAGGAGGUCCUGAAAAGUGACAUAGAUCCUACAUCUAAACUAUCAAAUUAGGAGGUCCCCAUCCCUCCACCACACCUCUACUUAGCCCAGAGCUUUUGAUCUCUGUUUCUUUUAUGUCCUGCAGAGAUCCAGCCUCAUUGGAGCUCAGCUCCAAUGCUGUGUACAGUACUCCAUACGUGCAAAGAGAAUCUGUGAUUUCCUCAGUGUAAGGAAUUCUUCUACCAACACAGAUGGCAACCUGUUUUGAUAAGUCCUAGGGAGUUGCCUAAAGCACAUAGAUGUUAAAUGACUUGCCCAGGCUUACAAAGCUAAUUAAGUGUCAAAGGAAUGAUUUGAACCCAGGUAUACUCCAAAUUCUACAUUCUACCUGCUACACCAUGCCAUCUACAGUAGGCUCUUAAUAAAUGUUUGUUGAAAGAA